AUGCAGUACUGCAAUCAGAGACGGAGACUCUUCACACGACAACGUCGAUCAUCCACCACCAUCAACAACAGGAUUACCUUCUUCUUUUUCCUCUUUUCGUGCUUGCUUUUUCACUCGUGUGUGACAUGGACAACUGCAACCACUACCUCCACACACAAAGAACAUUUUCGAAAAAUUCAUUUCGGAAGUUAUCAAUGCAAUCGUUAUAGUCUCAUCCCAAAACUCCAUCUAGUUCCGAACCUCAAUGAUAAAUCUUACUAUACACCUCCAGAUACUUUAAUGGCCUCUUUCCUGAUUGAUCGUUCGCAAAAACGCCACACAAAAGCAUUUGUGAGAACAAUCCACAAAAAAGAAAAUUCUUGCAAUAGUGAUGAUGAUUGGAACGAUCCUGUUUGCCUAUCUCAAGUCGAAGAAGAAAUCAAAUAUGUGCCCAUUGAACUCUCUCCAAAUUUUACCUAUUAUGAAAAACCAGUGUAUGCUCUCCAACGAUAUGCAGCUGGAAAUGUUGGUCACCUUUUCUCAGAAUCCUUUGCAAUGAUUAUGGGCUUAAUGAUGAAUUUUAAACCUUCAGAAAUUGAAACAUUGAACGAUCAUUACAUUUUGUUUUUGGAUGAUCUCUAUGAUUUGAAAGGAGAAAAUUGGAGAGGAGCUUAUCAAUACGAUUCAAGACAGGCAGAACGUGUUUCGUUAUUGACCAUGUCACUCUUGAGUAAUCAAUCGGUUUUACAGCUCUGUCGAAGAGAUGGAAUUUGGAGGAUUGAAAAUGCUCCAUGUCGUAUCCUAAAAGAGUCAGAAAAAGAUCCAAUUUCACACCAGGAAGAAAUUUCAUCCAUGACACUUGAUUCUUGUUUUUCAAAUAUUUAUAUGGGUUAUACUGUCAGCAAUUUGAUAUUAUUUCCUUAUGGAAAAGAAGCUCUAUUCAUGAAAAUACGAGAAUUAGUUUAUAGAAAUUUAAGAAUAUUUCCAUACGAUCAGGAAUUCAACACAAUGAAUUCUCAUCAGAAAAAAAAGCGACAAUUCAGAAAUUACUUGCUCGAAAAAGAUAUUACGGUUGUGAUUCACAAAAAAGAUGUAAAAGCACGUCACGGUCAAGCUCUUGUCAAUGCUGACCAACUCAAAGAUUACUUACAAAAAGAACUACCCAAACAUCCAUCCGUUCAACAAUUAAUUCAUUCUUCAAGAAUCUAUUCGAAAAAUAACAAACAACAGAGAAAAUUACGAAUUGAAACUAUUGAUCUUUCUUCAUUUCCAAAUAUUGUUGACCAAAUUCAUUACUUUUCCAAUGUUGAUGUUUACAUUACAGAUCAAGGAAGUGCUGCUUAUUAUUCCAUAUUCUUCCGUGAAGAUACUACUGUUUUUGUGUCACCUCAAUGCAAGAGAUUGAAAAGAGAAAUUCAGUGUUAUACCUCUCAUGGAUGGAUGGUUCUUUCUUCAUUACCAAAUGUUCAAAUGUUGGAUAUUAUGGAACUUAAUAAUGGUCAAGCACAAUGCAAAUUUCAACCAGCACCUCAUUUAUAUGAAAAUUGUAAUUUCAAAUUACCAUUGAAACUCAUGUUCCAUCAAGUCGUGAAGGCACUUUUAAAAAGAUAUAGAAAUUUGUGA